GCACAUGCUUCAUUUUGUUUAUCCAUUUAAUUAAUUAAAAAAAAAGACAAACAAAAAAGAAAUUAAAAAAAAAAGAAAAAGAAAAAAGGUUAUUGGGGUUCUGAAUCCAACUUUAAUUUCCAACCUUGGGGCACUAAAUUUGAUUGAUCUUAUCCAAUAUUUGUUAACCAAAGAGGAUCAAAAAUCCUUUGGCUGUUGAGAAAAAUGAAAACAAGGCCAAAGGCCAAACCUUUAUAUAAAACAAUUUGGGGAAAGAAGAACAACAGUGGUGCUAAAUUUUGUUUCUCCAUAUUAGGGUUUUAGGAUCUUAGGUGACAGAUCUCUCUGUCUCUCUCUUUCUGUUUCUGCAUUUGGAUUUUGUAAAUGCAACUCUGUAGAUAUCUUCCAUCUUGGCUUUGUGAAUUUCUGGCGUGUAUGGGAACAGAGGUUGCCUUGGACACUUCACAAAAAUGCCAGCAAUUCUUUUGGUGGACGAGGCAUCCGUAGGACUAAUACCUCAUGACCAAGCUGCAAGGAAAGACAGCAGAUCAGAAGAUUUCUGGAGCAGCAGCACUAUUGACAUCGAAUAUGCACUUCGGUCCCAGAGGAGUGCCUCAUCAAUUGGCAUAUCCUUAGAUCCUCAAAAUAGCGCUGCCCUUGCGAACGAUCAUCCUGAAUUUGUCAAUCAUGGUCUUCUUCUCUGGAACCAGAUGAGGCGACAUUGGGUUGGAAAUCUAAGGCAGCAAAGGCGGAAACAAGUUGGAGAACCCAGAUUAAGUUGGAAUGCAACCUAUGAGAAUCUCCUUGGAACCGACAAGCCUUUCCCCCAACGAAUUACCUUGGGAGAAAUGGUUGACUUUCUAACUGAUAUUUGGGAGCUAGAGGGUCUAUAUGACUGAGCAGGGAAAAUAUGUUCCUUUGUUGUUAUCAAUAGUAGCAGUAUUCUGCUAAUAGUUUGCAAGAUAUAGGUGAUUAGGUAGAAUUUGUUCAUAUGAUCAUUCUGUAUAAUUGUAUAAAUUUGUGGUGUUUCUCUUUCUAUGUCGGAUCACAUUAUUUGUAUAAAUUUUUUUAGUUUAGAGAACUAUUUUUUUGAAACACUAGCUUAAUAUGUCUAACCAUGAGAUGUCUUUUUUCUUAA